GGAAGAAUGGAGAGCUACGAGUUAAUAAAGGAAGUUGGCCAUGGAGCAUUUGGGACUGUCUGGCGAGCUAAAAAUAAGCAGACUGGUGAAGUUGUUGCAAUUAAAGAACUCAAGAAAAGAUACUAUUCAUGGGAUGAGUGCAUGAAUCUUCGAGAAGUUAAGUCAUUGCAGAAAGUUAAUCAUCCAAACAUUGUGAAGCUAAAACAUUUGAUCCUAUCAGAAAAUAAUAUUUUGUACUUUGUGUUCGAAUAUAUAGAGUUCAGCAACCUGUACCAGCGUAUGAAAGAUAAGGUAAUGCCUUUCCCUGAAUCUCAAGUGAGAGAUUGGUGUUUAGAAGUUUUCAAAGGCCUUGCUCAUAUGCAUCAACGCGGAUAUUUUCAUCGCGAUCUAAAGCCGGAGAACUUGUUGCUUACCAAAGAUUUCAAAAUCAAGAUUGCAGAUCUUGGUCUUGCUCGGGAAAUCGAUUCCCAACCACCCUAUACUGAAUAUGUGUCGACACGCUGGUACCGAGCUCCGGAACUCUUGUUCCGAGGUUUGUAUAGCUCUAAAGUUGAUAUGUGGGCAAUGGGUGCAAUCAUGGCCGAGUUGCUUACUCUCCGCCCUCUAUUUCCUGGUAUUAGUGAAGCAGAUGAAAUGUACAAAAUUUGCAGUGUACUUGGCACGCCAACCGAGGAUUCAUGGGCCGAUGGGCUCCGUCUUGCAAGAGAUAUGAACUACCAGUUUCCACAGUUGGCUGGUGUUCAUCUUUCUUCACUUAUUCCAUCAGUUAGUGAUCAUGCAAUUAGCCUCAUUAGUUCACUUUGUUCUUGGGACCCUUCCAAGAGGCCAACAGCUGCAGAGGCCCUCCACCAUCCUUUCUUCCAGAGUUGCUAUUGUGUUCCUCCACCUCUUCGUUGCCACAAAUCAACAACUGCUGGAGCAACAAGGGGAGUGUCGGAGCAGCAAAAAUAUCUGCCUCCUGGAAAGAGAGUAGAUCAUAUUCCUACCUUAGUGAACAAGGGAAGGAACGUUGCACGCAGUACCGUGGGGAAGCCGCUGCAUCCACCUCCCAUGAAAGCUGGAGUCCAAUGGAAUGGCAAGUCAAGAGAAUCAACCUUACAUUUUCAACAACUAAAAGCACAAGUAGUUUUUGAUAAGCAAUCCAUCAAUGCAAAGCAAUGAAUUGCAUUUACCUCAUCUUGAUUACCAUCU